AUGUCAUCAAACCCAAUCACCGAAUACGGCUUCACCGCCGUCCCAGCCUCCGCAACACAAAUCCUCAGCGAUCCUACUACCAAGCCUUCAUCGCCACCACCAGCAUUUUCACUUUCUUCUUUCCCCAUCCCAGACACAGCCCUGGCUAAGCGCAUCCAGACAUACGCAAAGACCCAUCUCCCUGAACCCACCUAUAACCAUAGCUUGCGUGUCUACUACUUUGGGCAGGCGAUUAGGCGAUACCGUUUUGGCACCACUGCUCAUCCUACAAGGUCCUCAGUAUGGGGCUUUUCCGAUGAGAUAUACUUCCUGAGUUGUCUGUUACAUGACAUUGGAACUACGGAGGAGAAUCUGAACAAGACGAGGCUCAGUUUUGAGUUUUAUGGCGGCUUUCUUGCGCUGGAUGUUCUUCAGCAUGAUGAAGAUGACGCUGCCAUUGCGCCGAGAGAACAGGCCGAAAGUGUAGCGGAGGCGAUUAUCCGACAUCAAGAUCUUUGCGAGAUGGGCAAGAUCACUGUUGUGGGACAGUUGAUUCAAUUAGCCACGAUUUUCGAUAACACCGGAGCCUACGCGGAUCUUGUCCACCAAGAUACCAUUGAGGCUGUGUCCAAGGCAUUCCCACGGUUGAAAUGGAGUAGCUGUUUCACGGAGACGAUUCACAAGGAGAAUGGAUUGAAGCCGUGGGCUCAUACGACGGCUCUUGGCGAGGAGGAGUUUCCUGCUAAGGUUAUGGGGAACAAAUUGAUGUCGCCGUAUGAGUAG